UUAGUCUGAAUGGGCCGAUGCCGCAAAAUCCGAGAAAAAGGUGCUUCCUAAGCGGAAAGUCGAUUUUUUCACACCAUUCUUUAUUAUAUAUGAGGGGCGAUCUCCCCCUCCAAAAGAUUUCUUGCAAACUUUCCAAACAUUUCUCAACGCAACAUAUUUCUACUGCCUUUUGCACACAACAACUUUGCAGUUCAUAUGCAAAGCAACUACAAAGAUUAUCGAAAAGGCUGAGGAGUAUUGGAUAAAAGAUCCUAUACUCCUUGCGUCAGGUCAGAUACUUUAAACCUAUCUCUCUUUUUUUCAACAGACCAUGCUUCCUCCACUUCCCAAACUCAGCAAAUACGGGAUAUCUCCAGAAUAUGGAUUUCUUCCGGCUGAUUUACCUCUUGAACGACUUCCCGAUCCAUAUUACAACAAAUGGGAGGCGAUCAUUGCGAACCUUCAAGGUUUGAUCUUGAGCAAACGCUUGCGCAGUGUCAUUGAUCGUCUUCCUGUUCUUUCCACCGCCGGUCUGGAACAUGAUUCGGAAUGGCGAAGAGCAUAUUCGUUGUUAUGUUUCAUGGCGCAUAGCUAUAUAUGGGGUGGUGAUAGCCCUGAAGAGGUUUGUACUCCUUUCCGCAGUUUUCGAGCGUCAGAGCCUUAUGCUAAUUGUUUUGAACCUACAGCACUUGCCGCCAUCCAUUACGGUCCCCCUAUUACAUAUUUCGAACUACUUGGAAGUACCACCAGUCGCCACAUAUGCUGCUGUCUGUCUCUGGAACUUCAAACCAUUGUUCGCAGAUGAACAUGUCGACAAUUUGGAGAAUCUUGCCACUUUAACCACAUUCACGGGCUCUAUUGAUGAGUCUUGGUUUUAUUUGGUCUCGGUGGCGAUCGAGGCUCGAGCUGCUCCUGUUCUUCCGCUCAUGCUUACAGCAAUUGAGGCGGCUCGUAAGAAUGAUAGCAGGACUGUUACAUCUUGUCUUCGAACUUUUGCGGAAAGGCUCGAUGAUCUUGGAACACUUCUUCAGCGCAUGCAUGAAAGCUGCGAUCCUCAUGUGUUUUAUCAUCGAAUCCGUCCUUUUCUCGCUGGUAGUAAGAACAUGGAAGAAGCAGGGCUACCAAAUGGGGUUUUAUACGAUGAAGGUGAUGGAGUUGGUCAAUACCGAAAGCUCUCUGGAGGUAGCAAUGCCCAGAGUUCCAUUCUUCAAUUCUUCGACAUUGUUCUAGGCAUAGAACAUCGUCCUACAGGUGAGAAAAAGGACGCCGCAUCCGAAAGUGAACUUGAAGGUAGCGCUCCACGAACCAAACAUAAUUUCCUUCUCGAGAUGAGAAAAUACAUGCCAGGAGCUCAUCGACGAUUCCUCGAAGACAUGACUGUGGUGGCCAACAUCCGUGAUUAUGUCGAAGCGCAUACCGACAAUGAUGAAUUAUGUCUCGCAUACGAUGCUUGUCUCGCCAUGUUGCGCACUUUCCGCGAUAAACACAUCGCAAUUGUAACUCGUUACAUUGUAAUCAAAUCACGCGAAUCGCGCUCUCAUUCUCGCUCCAUGAGUCCGGAAGCAAAUCGUAGCCGAAAGGUAGAUAUUGCUACGGCUUCUCGCGGAAAAGGCGAUGAUGAAGAGAAGAAGAGAAAAUUGAAAGGCACAGGUGGUACAGCACUUAUCCCUUUUUUAAAACAAGCAAGAGAUGAAACCGGAGAGCCAACAAUUGAUUCCUGGGCGAGGAGAGUCAUGAAUAGAGAUUUGGAUACGAAGGGUACGGGAGAUUUCUUCGUGGGAAAAUUAGAUGAACGAACUGAUGGGGGAUUGGAGUUGGGUGGAUUGGCUGGAACUUGGACUUUGGAUGAGGAAGUCGGGGGUUUGUGCCAUUAUUAGGAGACGGAGUACGUACGUGUUACUUGUCACAGCGUAUCUUCCCGUUCGGCAUGAGCGAGCGUUUAGAGUUGAAAUUAAUAGUAUCCUAUCAAUUCAUCACUAUUCAUAUUAUUAGUCAAAAUCAAUCAAUGAUAUUUUACCACCAAUAUGAAUAAAUUAUUAAUAUUUGAGAAUGAGGAAUCGUUGUGUAUAUAAAUGAAAUGAUAGGAGAGAUAUAGAUGAGGAAGAUGAACGAAUAAACAAAC